AAAAAUAACGGAAGCUCUUCUGUGUGAUGUUUAUUAUUAUGAACUUAACGAGUCAGGAACCGUGUUCACAGGUAAACAAUGUGGCUUAAUUUGACACCGAGCCGUAGGCUGCUUUCCCUCCGGUGGAGUCUCAUUCAGUAUCGCAACAUAACAUUAGAAAACACCACCAGGAAAGCUGCUGUAGACAAGGUUCUCUCUGCAUUUAGAACUAUAUGUGGAAAGGACAACGUCUCUCUGGGUGAAGCCGUCAGAGAACAACAUGGCAAAGACGAGUCUGUGCACAGAUGUCGGCCCCCAGAUGUGGUUGUGUUCCCGCGCUGUGUGGAGGAGGUCAGUGCUCUAGCAAAAGUCUGUCAUGACCACAACCUUCCCAUCAUCCCAUUUGGCACUGGGACGGGCUUGGAGGGAGGGGUUGGUGCGGUGAAGGGUGGUGUUUGCUUCAGUUUGAGGAACAUGGAUCAGAUCUUAGACCUUCACCCAGAGGACUUUGAUGUGACCGUUGAGCCUGGUGUGACCCGGAAAGCUCUUAACGCCUACCUACGGGACACAGGCCUAUGGUUCCCUGUGGAUCCUGGAGCUGAUGCUUCCCUCUGCGGCAUGGCUGCCACCAGUGCUUCGGGAACAAACGCUGUGCGUUAUGGCACUAUGAGAGAAAACGUCAUGAACCUGGAGGUGGUUUUGUCUAAUGGAACGGUCAUACAUACAGCCGGGAAAGGCAGGCGUCCCAGGAAAACUUCUGCAGGAUACAACUUGACAAACCUGUUUGUGGGCUCAGAGGGCACUUUGGGUAUCAUUACCAAGACUACGUUACGGCUAUACGGCGUCCCAGAGGCCAUGGUGUCGGCUGUCUGCUCUUUUCCCUCCGUCCAGGCCGCUGUAGACAGCACCGUGCAGAUCCUGCAGACUGGAGUCCCUAUUGCUCGUAUUGAGUUUCUGGAUGAUGUCAUGAUUGAUGCGUGCAACAAGUUCAGCUCUCUGUCCUACCCCGUCACCCCAACUCUGUUCCUGGAGUUCCACGGGUCGGAACGCAGCCUGGAAGAACAAGUCAGCACGGCUGAGGAGAUUACACAGAGUAAUGAAGGCUCAGACUUUCAGUGGGCUCGAGACGCCGAAACAAGGAACCGUCUGUGGAAAGCUCGCCAUGACGCCUGGUACGCUGCACAGGCACUGAGACCGGGCUGCAAGGCCUACUCCACAGACGUGUGUGUCCCUCUGUCGCAACUUCCUCAGAUUAUCGUGGAGACAAAGAAGGACCUGCUUGAGAGCCGGCUGACAGGUCCUAUUGCAGGUCAUGUUGGUGACGGUAACUUCCACUGUCUGAUGGUUGUGGAUCCAAAUGAUCCAGACGAGCUGCACCAGGUCCAUCUGUUCACAGAGAGGCUGGCCAGGCGAGCAUUGGCCAUGGACGGCACGUGUACAGGAGAGCACGGUGUGGGUUUAGGAAAGAGAGCGCUGCUGUGUGAGGAGGUGGGACCUCUGGCCAUUCAUGUCAUGCAGGGACUCAAGGACAGUCUGGACCCAAGGAACCUGAUGAAUCCUGGGAAAAUCCUCCAAAGAGGAGAGUUAUAAACUGAAGUUCUCUCCAGAGGGUGAGAGUAUGGCAUAAGAUUGGAGUAAAAAAAAAAAUCAUUAGGUUGUCCGUGUAGGUGUGCACCAGAAUUCAUUGAAGAAAAUUUCAAGAUGUAUCACCACUGUACUUUCUGUUGGAUGCCAGGGCACCUGGAAGACAGAAUACAAAAAGUAUAGCUGCUGUUUUUGUUCUUAAUUACUUGAAAUGAUAAAAAUGUGACAUCAAAUAAUGAGAUUGUAUUACUGUGGCUGAGGAAAUCCAGUUAAAGCCUUAUCAAUGUUUGUAAUAUGUUAUUACGUUUUAUUUCAUUUUUAAAAGUGUUUUUAAAAUGCUACAACAGAAUUAGUUUGGUCUCACCAAAGCUUGAGGUUUCCGCAAUGUUUUUAUUUUUGCUGACUAUAAAUUUUAUGUAGUAAUUUUAUCCUUUGAAUUAUGUUUGUAAAUAGGAAACAAAAGUAUACUCAAAUAUUAAAUCUAUAAUUUUUAAAACAA